AUGUCAAACACGAACGCGUGUCAGGAAGUGAAUAUUCUUGAACACCACACAACGUUAUGCCGGGACAUUAGCGGCAAUGAGAGGUGCACAAUUACGCUUACGGACGUGAUGAAACUCAAUUCAUAUAAGCAACAGGCCUGCCUACGCCUUGUUCAGAACUCAACGCUAGUGGCGAAUGUGAAACUUCGAUGGCGAGGCUUGUAUUUGCGCUGCGAGCAGGAAAGUCUGUACUUCACACGAGCUGCGAACCUCAAUGUAAUCAGCAGCAAGCGUUGUCCCAACAUGGGGUCAUGUAAAGGCUUAAAAUGCGCAGCGAUCAAUAGCACCAGUCUUGUCGAAGAAUUAAAGGAUGAAAACAAACAUCCAGGACGCACAGGAUGCCUCGAAUCGUGUGGAGGUAUAGUAUGUGAUUGUUUCUAUCCCAGGUCUGGCUGUUUGUUCUACCGCAUUUACGCCACUCCACGUAACGCCAAAGUCUAUGAAAUCUUUGGCUGCAUGCGCUGGUCCGAGCACGUGAAAUUAGAGGUUAUUAUUGAGGAUGCGGAUAGCAGGACGGGUAAUCAACAGUUCGUGGUAUACUCUAUUCCCAAUGUUCCUGUCAUCCUUCCUCCUCUCAAGAUCGUCUUGACAUCUCUUUCACUACCACCUACUCCGGCACUUGCACAAGAAUUCAUCACAGACGGAGUCGACACGUCUAUAUGGAACAAGGCGAUCAGUCCCCAUUGCGCUGCAGAACAUGGGCAGAUGCUUACUCUUUUAAUUGCACUAUAG